AUGGAGAGCCAGGGACACAGAGCUGCAGCUGUCCUGGCUGGGUCCUGCCUCUCCUGCAUCCUCCAAUCCCCCUGGGUGGGAGCCCUGCAGGAGCCUCUGCUGGAGGAUGCGAUCCUGGAGAACGUCAGCUGGGCUGCCGAGGAAUCCCAGGGCAACGACUCCUUGGAGCACGCCUUCUUCUCCCUGGAUUAUCAGCACGUCCAGGUCCCCUUUGAAAUCACACUCUGGAUCAUGCUGGCAUCCUUGGCCAAAAUAGGGUUCCAUCUCUACAACAAGCUGCCUUCUGUCGUUCCCGAAAGCUGUUUGUUGAUAUUUGUGGGGCUCAUCAUGGGGGGAAUCAUCUAUGGAUUAAACGAUCGGUCACCACCAGUGAUGGACAGCGACAUCUUUUUCCUCUACCUCCUGCCCCCCAUCGUGCUGGACGCCGGCUACUUCAUGCCCAGCCGCCCUUUUUUUGAGAACAUCGGCACCAUCCUGCUCUACGCCGUGGUGGGGACCAUCUGGAACGUGUUUGGGAUUGGCUUUUCCCUCUAUGGGAUCUGCCAGGUGAAAGCUUUCCAGCUGCAGGACGUGUCCCUGCUGCACAACCUCCUGUUUGGCAGCCUCAUCGCCGCCGUGGACCCCGUGGCUGUGCUGGCUGUCUUCGAGGAGAUCCACGUCAACGAGAAGCUGCACAUCCUGGUUUUUGGAGAGUCGCUCCUCAAUGAUGCUGUGACUGUGGUGCUCUACAAGCUCUUCCGCUCUUUCUGUGAGAUGCCAACCAUCAAGAGCAUGGAUGUUUUUGCUGGAGUUGGAAAAUUCUUCGUGGUUGGGCUGGGAGGAGUUUUAGUGGGGCUGAGUUUUGGGUUCACCGCCGCCUUCACCACGCGCUUCACCAAGGACAUCCGUGUCAUCGAGCCCCUCUUCGUGUUCCUGUACAGCUACCUGUCCUACCUCACUGCAGAGAUGUUCCACCUCUCCGGGAUCGUGGCCAUCAUUUCCUGUGCCAUGGGCAUGAAGCGUUACGUGGAGGCCAACAUCUCCCUCAAGUCCCACACCACAGUCAAGUACUUCAUGAAGAUGUGGAGCAGUGUGAGCGACACCCUCAUCUUCAUCUUCCUCGGAGUUUCCACCAUCGGGGAAAACCACGAGUGGAACUGGCCCUACAUUUGCUUCACGGUUAUUUUCUGUCUCAUUUGGAGGGCACUUGGGGUUCUUGUGCUGACUUUCUUUGUGAACAGAUUUCACGUGAACACCAUCACCAGUAAGGACCAGUUCAUCAUUGCCUAUGGGGGGCUCCGAGGGGCCAUUUGCUUCUCUUUGGUUUUCCUGCUGCCUGACUUCCACAGGAAAAAGCUCUUCAUUGCAGCAACAACUGUGGUCAUCCUCUUCACCGUGUUCAUACAGGGAAUGACCAUCCGUCCCCUCGUUGACCUACUGGCUGUCAAGAGGAAAAGGGAGACUGCUCCCACCGUGGGGGAGCAGAUCCACAUUCGGUUCUUGGAUCAUUUGCUGGCUGGCAUUGAAGAUAUAUCUGGACACUGGGGACAGUAUUACUGGAAAGACAAACUGGAAUAUUUCAACAGCAAAUACCUGCAGAAGAUCCUGCUCAGGGAGUACGACCAGCCCAAGUCCAGCAUCGUGCUGCUUUACGAGAAGCUGGAGCGCAAACACGCCAUCGAGCUGGCCCAGGCUGGGCAGCUGAGCCACGGCCCAGCCCACCCCUCCUUCCUCAGCAGUGACAGGACUGUCAUAAGAGACCAAAAAUUGGAGGACACUCUAAAUCCUGAUGUGCUGGACAACAUACAGGAAAUAUUGGCGAGGAACCUGUACCGGAUCAGGAGGACGGGUCCGGCGUACAACAGGCACACCCUGCCCGGGGACAGCGAGCCCACGGAGCACGCCAAGGAGAUCCUGAUCCUGCGGCACAAGAGCCUGCUGGUGGAGGUGAGCGGCAGCGACACCUGCAGCUCCAGGAAGGAGUCCCAGAAGGAGGACUCGUGCUCGGCACAGGGCGAGGCCACCCUGCAGCCCAAGCUCUGCCGCUCCUUCACUGUGGGGAACACGGAGAAGGUCCGGGAGGUGAAGGAGAGCCGAUCCAAAUCCGUGUGUGCCAUCCCACCGACCUGGGGCGGGAGGAGCGAGCCGAGUCUGGAGAUGCACAAACACAAGGGAUGCUCUGGCUCCCCAUGA